AUGGGUGACAUGACCAAUAGCGACUUUUACUCCAAAAACCAAAGAAAUGAGUCAAGCCAUGGAGGCGAGUUUGGGUGCACGUUGGAGGAGCUCCGCUCCCUCAUGGAACUGCGGAGCACUGAGGCUGUGGUCAAGAUCAAGGAGACUUACGGGGACACCGAAGCCAUCUGCCGGCGCCUCAAAACCUCACCUAUCGAAGGUUUGCCAGGCACGGCUCCAGACCUAGAAAAGAGAAAGCAGAUUUUUGGACAAAACUUUAUACCUCCAAAGAAGCCAAAAACCUUCCUGCAGCUCGUGUGGGAAGCUCUGCAAGAUGUGACACUGAUCAUCCUGGAAAUUGCGGCCAUCAUCUCCCUGGGGCUCUCCUUCUACCACCCGCCUGGCGAGAGCCAAGAAGGAUGCGCCACGGCCCAGGCUGGGUCUGAGGAUGAAGGGGAGGCAGAGGCAGGCUGGAUUGAGGGGGCUGCCAUCCUCCUCUCAGUCAUCUGUGUGGUCCUGGUCACGGCCUUCAAUGAUUGGAGCAAAGAGAAGCAGUUCCGGGGCCUGCAGAGCCGCAUUGAGCAGGAGCAGAAGUUCACCGUGAUCCGGGCUGGCCAGGUGGUCCAGAUUCCUGUGGCCGAGAUUGUGGUUGGGGACAUCGCCCAAAUAAAAUAUGGUGAUCUCCUCCCUGCUGAUGGCCUCUUCAUCCAGGGCAAUGACCUCAAGAUCGAUGAAAGCUCCUUGACAGGAGAGUCUGACCAGGUGCGCAAGUCCGUGGACAAGGACCCCAUGCUGCUGUCAGGGACCCAUGUGAUGGAGGGUUCUGGACGGAUGGUGGUGACCGCUGUGGGUGUGAACUCUCAGACUGGCAUUAUCUUUACCUUGCUGGGGGCCGGAGGUGAGGAGGAAGAGAAGAAAGACAAGAAAGGUGUGAAGAAGGGGGAUGGCCUUCAGCUACCAGCGGCCGAUGGUGCGGCAGGUUCAAAUGCUGCAGAUAGUGCAAAUGCCAGCCUAGUCAAUGGUAAAAUGCAGGAUGGCACUGUGGACACCAGCCAGAGCAAAGCCAAACAGCAGGAUGGGGCCGCCGCCAUGGAGAUGCAGCCCCUCAAGAGUGCUGAGGGUGGUGAUGCUGACGACAAGAAGAAGGCCAACAUGCACAAGAAGGAGAAGUCGGUGCUCCAGGGCAAGCUCACCAAGCUGGCUGUGCAGAUCGGCAAGGCGGGCCUGGUGAUGUCGGCCAUCACGGUGAUCAUCCUGGUGCUCUACUUCACCGUGGACACCUUCGUGGUCAACAAGAAGCCAUGGCUGCCCGAGUGCACACCCGUCUACGUGCAGUACUUCGUCAAGUUCUUCAUCAUUGGUGUGACGGUGCUGGUGGUGGCCGUGCCCGAGGGGCUCCCUCUAGCCGUCACCAUCUCGCUGGCCUACUCUGUGAAGAAAAUGAUGAAGGACAACAACCUGGUACGCCACCUGGAUGCCUGUGAGACCAUGGGCAAUGCCACAGCCAUCUGCUCAGACAAGACGGGCACGCUGACCACCAAUCGCAUGACGGUAGUGCAGGCCUACCUUGGUGAUGUCCACUAUAAGGAGAUCCCGGACCCCAGCUCCAUCAAUGCCAAGACCAUGGAGCUGCUGGUCAAUGCCAUUGCCAUCAACAGCGCCUACACCACCAAGAUUCUGCCCCCAGAGAAGGAGGGCGCACUGCCUCGGCAGGUGGGCAACAAGACUGAGUGCGGCCUGUUGGGCUUCGUGCUGGACCUGAAGCAGGACUACGAUGCCGUGCGCAGCCAGAUGCCAGAGGAGAAGCUGUACAAAGUGUACACGUUCAACUCUGUACGCAAGUCCAUGAGCACAGUCAUCAAGCUGCCGGACGAGAGCUUCCGCAUGUACAGCAAGGGCGCAUCUGAGAUCGUGCUCAAGAAGUGCUGCAAAAUCCUCAACGAGUCAGGUGAGCCCCGGGUCUUCCGGCCCCGUGACCGGGAUGAGAUGGUGAAGAAGGUGAUCGAGCCUAUGGCCUGUGAUGGGCUUCGCACCAUCUGUGUGGCCUAUCGCGACUUCCCCAGCAGCCCCGAGCCUGACUGGGAUAAUGAGAAUGAUAUCCUGAACGACCUCACUUGCAUCUGUGUGGUGGGCAUUGAGGACCCCGUGCGGCCUGAGGUCCCAGAAGCCAUCAGAAAGUGCCAGCGGGCAGGCAUCACAGUCCGCAUGGUCACCGGUGACAAUAUCAACACAGCCCGGGCUAUCGCAAUCAAGUGUGGCAUCAUCCAUCCUGGGGAGGACUUUCUGUGCAUUGAGGGCAAGGAGUUCAACCAGAGGAUCCGCAAUGAGAAGGGGGAGAUUGAGCAAGAGCGAAUCGACAAGAUCUGGCCAAAGCUGCGGGUGCUGGCUCGCUCCUCCCCCACAGACAAGCACACCCUGGUCAAAGGCAUCAUCGACAGCACCCACACCGAGCAGCGGCAGGUGGUGGCCGUGACAGGAGAUGGCACCAAUGAUGGCCCUGCACUCAAGAAGGCGGAUGUGGGCUUCGCCAUGGGCAUUGCAGGUACAGAUGUGGCCAAGGAGGCCUCGGACAUCAUCCUGACGGAUGACAACUUCAGCAGCAUCGUCAAGGCAGUGAUGUGGGGCCGCAACGUCUAUGACAGCAUCUCCAAGUUCCUGCAGUUCCAGCUGACAGUCAACGUGGUGGCCGUGAUUGUGGCCUUCACGGGGGCUUGCAUCACGCAGGACUCCCCUCUGAAGGCCGUGCAGAUGCUCUGGGUGAACCUCAUCAUGGACACGUUCGCCUCACUGGCGCUGGCCACCGAGCCGCCCACCGAGACCCUGCUUCUGAGGAAGCCUUACGGCCGCAACAAGCCCCUCAUCUCACGGACCAUGAUGAAGAACAUCCUGGGCCACGCCGUCUACCAGCUCACCCUCAUCUUCACACUGCUCUUUGUCGGUGAAAAGAUGUUCGAGAUCGACAGUGGGAGGAACGCCCCCCUGCACUCGCCACCCUCGGAGCACUACACCAUCAUCUUCAACACCUUCGUCAUGAUGCAGCUCUUCAACGAGAUCAAUGCCCGCAAGAUCCACGGGGAGCGCAACGUCUUUGAUGGCAUCUUCCGGAAUCCCAUCUUUUGCACCAUCGUGCUGGGCACCUUUGCCAUUCAGAUAGUGAUCGUGCAGUUUGGGGGGAAGCCAUUCAGCUGCUCUCCGCUGCAGCUGGACCAGUGGAUGUGGUGCAUAUUCAUCGGGUUAGGAGAGCUCGUCUGGGGCCAGGUCAUCGCCACCAUCCCAACCAGCAGGCUCAAGUUCCUCAAGGAGGCGGGCAGGCUCACACAGAAGGAGGAGAUCCCGGAGGAGGAGCUCAACGAGGACGUGGAGGAGAUAGACCACGCCGAGCGGGAGCUGAGGCGGGGCCAGAUCCUAUGGUUCCGAGGCCUGAAUCGGAUCCAAACCCAGAUCCGCGUCGUGAAGGCGUUCCGUAGCUCUCUCUAUGAAGGUCUAGAAAAGCCUGAGUCUCGAACCUCCAUCCAUAAUUUCAUGGCUCAUCCUGAAUUCCGGAUUGAAGAUUCACAGCCCCACAUCCCCCUCAUCGAUGACACCGACCUGGAAGAAGAUGCCGCGCUCAAGCAGAACUCGAGCCCGCCGUCAUCGCUCAAUAAGAACAACAGCGCCAUCGACAGCGGGAUCAACCUGACGACCGACACAAGCAAAUCAGCUACCUCUUCAAGUCCAGGGAGCCCCAUCCACAGCCUGGAGACGUCGCUUUAG